UUAUGUUAAUCUAUGAAUCGCGCUUCAUUGUUUGCGUCAGGCUCUGCUGAUAAAUGAUUGCCGAACACUAAAAGCAGCAGCUCAGACUUCAAACAUGAUUUCCAGCACUCUCUCCGUCUCAGCCCGUUCACUCCUACGGUGCAUAAAGCGCUGCCCACCCUCGUCCAGGAAUGUUCGCCAUAUGCUCGGAGUGGAUCCUGGGAGGUUUUACUACGACCGCGCUACAGCUGCAGAUGAUCGCGCCGUCAGCGGCGUCUCCGUCUCCGCACACACAGUGGAUCUCCGGAGUGACACGGUGACCAAACCGGGGACAGCGAUGCGCCAAGCCAUGGCCGAGGCCGAGGUGGGGGACGAUGUGUUUGACGAAGACCCCCAUGUUAACGAGCUGCAGAAAAUGGCAGCUGAUAUUUUUGGCAUGGAGGCAGCUUUGUUCAUCCCCUCAGGGACCAUGAGCAAUCUGAUUGCAGUAAUGGUGCACUGCAGGGAGAGGGGGGAUGAGAUGAUAGUGGGGGAUCUCUCUCAUCUGCAUGUCUAUGAGCAGGGAGGAAGUGCACAGCUUGCUGGAGUACACUCUGCUACAGUCACGACUCUGGCUGAUGGAACGUUUGAUCUGGACCAGCUGGACUCAAAGAUCCGUCAUGGUUACCCUGAUGCCCACUACCCCCACUCUCGCCUGGUGUGUGUGGAAAACACACACAACAUCCUGGGUGGACGUGUCCUCCCCCUCUCCUUCCUGCGGGAGCUGCGUUCCUUAGCAGAUAAAUAUGGACUUGCUGUGCAUAUGGAUGGGGCCAGGCUGAUGAAUGCAGCAGUGGCACUAGGUGUCCAUCCCUCUGUCAUACUGCAGCCCUGCCACACUGUCAGUGUCUGUCUAUCUAAGGGAUUGGGGGCACCAGUGGGCACCAUGCUUUGUGGGCCAAAGGACUUUAUACAGAAGGCAGUGCGUGCUCGUAAAGCACUGGGUGGUGGAUUGCGCCAGUCAGGCAUUUUGGCAGCAGCUGGCAAGAUUGCUCUGACAGACAUGACAAGUAGAUUGGAAGAGGACCAUAGGAAUGCCAGGACCUUUGCUAAAGCUCUGACACAGUGCGACCCUCCUCUAUACCAGGUGGACUUGGCUGCCAUAGAAACGAACAUUGUGCGGUUUAGACUGCGAGACCCUGGGCUGAGCCCAACUGAGUUCUGUGAGCUGAUGGGAGCAGUGUGUGAGGGGGAGGUGGAGACUCUAGGGCAGGGUGUGCGUGUCCUGAUGUUCCCAUUUGUUGGGGACACUGUGAGAGCCGUGUGGCAUCUAGACAUUAGUGAGGAGGACACUCAACUGGCUAUAAAGAAAGCAAAGUUUUUGGCUCAACAGUAUAGUAUAAAGAAAGCAUAAGUCAAAUGAUGUCAAAAAUCUAGAAAUAACAAAGUCCAAAAGCUAAAAAGAGCUGUUGGCCACUCUGGGGGUGAAGGGCAGGAGGGAGAUGUUAGUAAACACUUGGUAUUUUGGAAUCAGCACCUUGAAUUUUGACAGAUCAAAUAGGGUGAGCACAAGUUACUUUUACUUAUUAAAGCCUUAUAAGGCCUUUUAAGUCUAACUUUGUAAAAUCAGCAUUUUUAAUGGAUUAACUGUCAAUAUGAAUUUAUGAGAAGAAAUUUCAAUUCAGUUCUCUGAUAUGAUGAUUUUGAUAGCACACAUAGGCUAUUUGAAUCUGUUUGUAAACAUUGCUGUCUGGUUAUGAGGCCAGUUUACACACUAAUAUGUACAGUUUGCUAGAAGCACACAACACAAUUUUUUAAACCAUAUAUUGCAAUAGGGGUGGGAAAUGUUCACAAUACAUCAUAUUUACGUUUAAGUUUUAAGUUGUUUGACAACUUGUUUGACAAGUUGAAACAGACAGCAGUGCCACAUUUAAAAAAUACAACCCCAAUUCCAAAAAAGUUGGGAUGCUGUGUAAAAUGUAAAAAAUUUAAAUAUAGACCCAUAUUUUAUUCAUAACAGAACAUAGAACACA